GAGAGUGAGUGAGUAAGACUUUUUGUAUCUGAGCCAUUUUUCUCUGAACUCUGACAGGUAUAGCAGUCAGUCCACAUAAUGCGGGCCCAGGAUGGUCUAGAUCUAGAAGGUUAAUUACUGAGACCCACCUGCUGAACCUUACCCAUGUUCUUCUGCUCCAGGGGACCUGUCCUCCUGCGCUCCCCGGGAAACAUGCUCCUCUUCUGGAUGUCUUGUGGAUCACUUCUCCCUCUCCUGGUCCUUUGCAAUAAUGGACAAGAAUGCUGCACCAUCCAGGACAACACACAAUAUCAUGUGUCCCCUGUGCUUGAGUCCCUGCAGUGCUACAAUGACUACAGAUCCUACGUCCGCUGUAGCUGGGAGGAGAGUCCACACCCGUCCUCACAGCCGUUAACCCUAUACUACUGGGACAGCCCUGAGAACCGUGAGUCCUUGUGUAACCCCUAUGGUCAGCGAGCACGGAAUCCCAACAACAUCAAGCUCACUGCCCAGUGUCAGUACAACACUAAAUACUUUGGCAUCAAUACCAACCAUGUCUUCUUCUUCAAUACCUCCUGUCCCCCUGCCCUGCUUCUGUCUAAGAAUGUGAGGGUGCGUACACCAGUCCACCUAUCACAGCAGCGUGUAGAGAGAGGGGGCCGUUUGCUCAGCUGGGAAAGCCCCUACCCCCCAUCAUCCCUCUUGACCCCCACUCUCAACUACCAGGUCAACUACAGGAGGUCUAACCAGGAUGACUGGACAGCAGUGGAGGUUCAGGACACCCAGCUGAGUGUGAAGGCUGAGGCUCAGGUGCCCGGCUUCCAGUAUGAAGCCAAGGUGAGGGCAAGGAGGAAGACGGGACUGUGGAGCGAGUGGAGCCCCCUAGUGACCUGGUUGACUGAGGAGGACCCUGUGCCAGGCCCCUCCAAUGCGCAGUGUGUGUUGGAUAAUGAGACUGCGGUGACAUGCAGUUGGGAGGUGAAGAGAGACCUGGCUCAGUUCCUUACCUUCCACCUGUCCUGCAAACACAACCACACUGCACCAGCCCAGAAAUGCUGUGAUAACACCAUGGUCAGCGUUCCAUCCAGGGGUCCAGUGCUCGAAUACAGCUGCUCCUUCCAUGUCCAAGACUUAGAGCAGCUAGAGGUGGAGCUUGUACCCACACGCAACAGCAAAAUGUUUAAAACACACAAGAACAUUCGUCCAAACCGUCCACUCAAAGUGCAGAUAGAAGAGAGAGAUGGGAACUGGAUUCUAAAAUGGAAUCCGCCUCAUUUUUAUCUGACCGAUCAUGUGUACUAUCAGGUGCAAUACUGGAGUAAUGAGACUCAGGAGGAUAUUACGUUCCUCAAUGUCUCCCAGGGGUCCCACUCGCUCUCCAUCCUGGGGGUGUCCCUGCGCCCCUCUGAGUGCUACCUGGUUAAGGUGAGAGCCCUGGUGGUCCCGGGAAAGCGUGAUACUUUUGACGGAGCCCCCUCAGAAUGGACCGACCCAGUGGAGUGGACCACACAACCAGCUUCCUGGUCCAUCACCACCUUCCUCUACGUCUUCAUCAGUAUACUGGUGGCCAUUGUCUUCAUCGCUCUCUAUGUUACCAUACCAGCCUGUCACAGGAGGGUAGUCCUGUGGGAGGUGUCUGUCCCGUCACCCCUCAAGAGCAAGGUACUGGGAGAGGUCAUUAAGAAAUCUCCUGAUAGGUUGUUAUUCCAUGAGAGUGAGAGAAGUGAGAAGACCUACAUCUGCAGGGUACAGACACAGGGGAGCAGGGAGGAAAGCAGUCUCUGCUCCAGCUGCUCUUCAGAUAGUCCAUUGUGGUUGAACUCAGAUGUAAAAGCACAUGGACUGUUCCAUUCCAUUACCAAGGAGGGGUGGAAGAAGUAUGACCCAAACUCUUCCUCCCUCCAUUUGCUGUCAGUGGACAGAUCUGGCCCUCCUGCUCUAGACUCAUCCGGCUUCAGCUUCAGUGGCCCUUACAUCUUCUGUGGCGACAGUUCACCGGCGCCGAGUGAGUUUCUGAGUCUGGAGCCUCCCUGUGAGGAGUUCGACAACACUCUCUCUAACUCUGAACCCACUUCUCCGUCCUCCUCGGAGAGGUCUGCCCCAUCCCUCUCAGAGUCGAGUGAGGGCUACGUGGCGAUGCCUCAGGUCUGUGCUGGCCUGUCCAGAUCAACAGAGGGAGUGUCUGAUGGUGUUACGAGCGCUGUAGUAGCGGACGACAGUAAGAACACUGGUAACAACAACGGCAACAACGACAUCAUGGCAUGGCCCAAGUCAGAGCUCCUCCCACCCGGACCUAGCUCUAUGCCCACCUGCUCACCACCCAGUGAGAAUGAAGACCCUCCUCCAGCGUACACACCCCCAACCACCACAACCACCCCUCCCACCUUGCCCCCAGUGGGCCCUACCCUACACACCUCUGGGUACUGCUUCCUCCCGGCCCUACAGGCACUUGGGGGCUGGGGCCAUGUGCAGUCUUCUGGACCACCUAAAGGAGGCAGUGAAGAGCAGCAGGUCUGUAGGAGGGAGAUGAGGCAGGAGGAGCAGUGCAAGGAGGAUCCAUAUGUCAGACUGUCCCAGCUAGCCAUUUAGCUAACUAGCUAACCUCAUCUAAUGCAGGACUACAUGAGGGACUACAUGAGGGUCACUGUUCUCAAUAUUUGAUCCAUUCUAACACUAACACACCUGUCUCAACUAAUCACAAGAGCUUGAUUAUUAGUUGGACUAGUUCAUUCAGGUGUGUUAGUGUUGGAAUGGACCACAUGUGUAAAACUACUGAUUUGUGGUCACUGAAGACUGGGUUGAGAUUGAGAAACACUUCUAUUUCUGGGAGGGAAAACUGUUGGAGCCUCAUAGAGAAGCCUCCCUUGAUUACUCACAAUGCCCAGCAGAUGGCAUUACUGUACUUACUGUGUAUCUGUUGAACUCACAAGAGGUGGCCUAUGGAUUCUACUGUAAGGACUAACUACAAACACAGAAGCAUACUGCAGUAAGCCAUUCCUCUCUGGGUGGUAAGGUGACUGAGGGCCAGAUUACCAGGUUUCCACCACAUCACAUAGAUGGUACAUGUGUAACAGGGUGGCACUGUUGAGUUGGUGAACGCAGCCUUAUGCCUCUGUCAGUGCCAGUGGCUGUUCCUGUCGUUCCACAGCAGGGGUUGGCCCGCGGGCCGCAAAGUGCUGUGUUACAGAAUGCGAAUGGUGAUGACGGUCUCCUGGUCGAAUGUCAUUCGUCACAAGCUUUGUAAACAACUGGUGUAGACUUACAGUGAAAUGUUUAAUUAUGGGCCCUUCCCAACAAUGCAGAGAGAAAAAUAUAGAGAAAAAUAAUAACACAAGGAAUAAAUCCACAAUGGUU